AUGGAGGAGAUUGCUGGAGGGGCUGAAGGAUGGUGGAAAUUUCGCCUCCCUUCGAAUGACCAUGAUUUGACCGAGGAAGAUGACGCUUUGCGAGAGGCAGAGCGUGAUGGGGAUGGACGUCAAGCUGACAAGAUACAAAUCAUGAGGAGAGCAAAGAUACUGCGAGCUCGGGAUGCGGACAGGAAUCGGGCUAAACGAGAUGCGGAGAUAAAAAGGUUGAGAAGGAGGGCAAAGCUUGAUAGAGCAAAGUAG